UACCAUUUAAACAUAGAAAAGGAUUGUAUUAUAAAAAACACAAAACUUGUACCAAUUAUCCACGUGUUAGAAAUGUGUACCACUUUCGUCAUGUGAGUGUGUGUGUCCAUUUUCCUCGCACUAAAGCCCAUUAAAUAUCCGAACUCCCCACAACCUCACAAUCUUCAUCAGUCAUCAAAAUCACUUCACUCUGCACAUAGAUUCAAACACACACAUAGAGUCUUUUAAGAUGUAUUCAACGAUUAGGAGCAAGAAAAAGGGUUCAAUAUAUGUGGAUGAUGAUGAUGAAGAAGGGCUGAGAUUAAUCCUCAAAAGGCUUGCAAAUGUAAAUUCAAAUAAUAUUGUUAUCAAGCCCAUUUCGAAACCAUUAACCUGUGGCUGCUAUCUCAAAUCGUGCCAUCUUUGCACCAAGCCCUUGAGUCUUGAUAAAGAAAUUUAUAUGUACAGGGGUAAUUUGGGAUUUUGCAGUGUGGAGUGCAGAGACAGGCAGAUUUAUCUGGACGAGACAAAGGAAUUAGAAAUCGCGACCAAAACUAUAUUGUCAACUUUCCGGCAGAGCAACCGCCGCGAAGGCGGCGGCCGCUGCGAGACCCGCCGGCUCUUGGGAGAUUUUCGGACGCGCGGCCGCCCUUUUCCGGCUCAGAAGAGUCCAAUUAUUUUCUUGUAAAAGUCAGAGGAUGAAUUUUUUUACUUUUAGCUAAAUACCUUUUUUUUUCUCUCUCCUUUCUUUUUGGUCCCUUUCGUUUUGCCUUCAUUUUUUUGAAGGCUCUGCGAGUCUAUUUGUGGCCUAGCAAGUGAUCUAAGAGUGACGGCACGUCUUAACGCGCCUUCUACUUGCUUAGGAUGAAAUGAUGAAUCAUACGUGGCACUAUUCAAUCAUUCAUUUAGAAACCAA